GUCCCCUCGCCUUCCUGCGGGAGCGGCGAGCGGCCCCAGCGCGAUGUGGAGCAGCGGCGGGAGGGGCUGCCCGACUGCAGCGCGGCAGGAAGGAGUCCCCGUCUCCCCGCUCGGCUCGGCGGCCGAGAGGGGCGGCCCUUCCCUACCCCCGCGCCGCCCUCCCGGCAGUUUAUAGCCGCAUCUCUGCGCCUUCCCUCGCUUUGCUCCUGCGCUCGCGGGCCGGACGGGCCCAGGCAGAGCGCGCUCCGCGGCCCGGCUCUCCCGCAGCGCAGCGCAGCACGGCGGCCAUGGGGAUGCGGGCGCCGUCCGCGCUGCUCUGCGCCCUGGGUCUUCUCUGCUGCCCGCUCCCGCCGCCCGCCGCGGCCGCCCGCGCCGCUAUUAUAUAUAACAGCAGUAGGAUAAGGGGCAGAACUUUCAUAAUGCCUAACCUGCAUAACCAGGAUGACCCUAUACCUAUUGAAGACAUUGAAAAUUAUACUGAAAAUGACACAGAAGUUCGAUCAGGAUCCAUCAGUCAGAUUAAUUCGUCUCUAAAUACACAACGAACAGUAUCAGCAGAAACGGAAAGAUACCUCACCAGUCCAUGGCUGACACGUUUUGUUCCUUCAGUUUACACAUUAGUGGUUAUGCUGAGUCUCCCUCUGAACGUUACAGCAAUACUUGUGUUUUUGAAAAAAAUGAAAAUUGAAAAGCCAGCUGUAAUAUACAUGCUGAAUUUGGCCAUUGCGGAUGUACUGUUCGUAAGCGUGCUUCCUUUUAAGAUUGCCUAUCAUUUUUCUGGAAACAAUUGGGUAUUUGGACCUGGAAUGUGCUGUUUCAUCACUGCUGCCUUCUACUGUAACAUGUACUGUUCAAUAAUGCUGAUGACGAGCAUAAGCUUUGAUCGCUUCUUAGCAGUGGUGUAUCCCAUCCAGUCUCUUUCAUGGCGUACAUUAACACGUGCCUCCGUGACUUGUUUCAUCAUAUGGCUUGUGGCAAUAGCUGGGGUUAUACCUUUUCUCAUCAAAGAGCAAACUAUGGAAAUACCCAAGUUAAAUAUAACUACCUGUCAUGAUGUGCUAAAAGAAUCUGAACUUCACAAGUAUUACGUCCAUUUCUUCUCCAUCUUCUCUUCUGUUUUCUUUGUAGGGCCAUUUAUAAUUUCUACCAUCUGUUACCUGUGUAUCAUUCGAUGUCUUAGUUCUUCUAGUAUUGUUGCGAAAGAAAAUAAGAAAAAACGUGCCUUGCUCUUGUGUGUAGCUGUUUUUUCUGUUUUUGUUAUUUGUUUUGGACCAACAAAUGUCCUCCUAUUAAUUCAUUAUAUACAUUUUUCUUAUGACAACAGUUUAGAAUAUCUCUACUUUGCCUAUCUACUUUGUGUUUGUAUCAGCAGCUUUAGUUGUUGCAUUGAUCCCUUUAUUUACUACUAUGCUUCUUCUCAAUAUCAGAGGCAACUUGCCAGUCUUUUCAGUUGUAAAGAGAUUUUUGAUCCUAACAGUAGUAACAGCAGUGGCCAGUCAGUGUCGACCACUAGUAGAAGGGAUACGUGCUCCAGUAAUGUGAAUAACAGUGUCUACAAGAAAUUGCUAGCAAUGCAUUGAGAUAAUGUCUCUUACACUUGCUUAGUUUUUAGACAAUUUCAGAAAAAAAAGUAUUAUAUCCAAGAAAUGCAAAGCCUUAGAUCAAGUUGUUGUAUAAUACAUGGUUCUAUGGAUUCAUUACAGUAAUGCACAAUUCAACAGCACAUGCGUGUGUAUAGUAUAUGUAUAUAAAUUAGUUUAGAACAGAAAAAUAACUUUUUAAUAAGAGCAGUUGAGUGUUUUUCAAAUAAACUCCUUUUUUCAACCAAA